AUCGGUUGCCUCUUCUAUAUAGAGCCUCACUUGCAACCUCUUUGCUCUUAUCAAAGGCCUUCAACAAAAAACGAAGUGAUCAGCAGUAAGCUUGUGCUUGAAAGGAAGAGAGCUUGGUGUUGGUUUUGUUGCUUUUAUCUGUGAGAUUUUGUAAGGAGAUAUGGCUCAGACAGUGGGAAGGAACGUGGCAGCUCCAUUGCUGUUUCUCAACUUGAUCAUGUAUUUUAUUGUAGUUGGUUUUGCUAGUUGGUGUCUUAACAAGUUCAUCAAUGGCCAGACCAACCACCCUAGUUUUGGAGGAAAUGGAGCAACAAUGUUCUUUCUGAUAUUCGCCAUAUUGGCUGGGGUGAUGGGCAUAGCAUCAAAGUUGGCUGGAGCAAACCAUAUCAGAGCUUGGAGGAGUGACAGCCUAGCUGCAGCAGGAUCAUCAUCAGUUGUGGCAUGGGCUCUCACUGCACUAGCCUUUGGGUUGGCAUGCAAGCAAAUAAGCAUUGGAGGACACAGAGGAUGGAGGCUGAAGAUCUUGGAGGCUUUCAUAAUAAUCUUGGCAUUCACUCAGCUUUUGUACAUCCUGCUACUUCAUGCCGGAGUCUUCAGCAGCAAGUAUGGCCCGGGUUACCGCGACACUGACUACCCGGCUACUGGUGUGGAUCCAAUACACAAGGGCACAGCUGGAGCAGUCCCUGCCACUAGGGUGGUUUGAGGAUCUCAUAUAGCAGUAGUGACUUCCACAUUUAGAUGGGAAUUGACUCUCUUUUGUUUUCCUCUCCUUUUGUGGGAGUCAUAAUUUGAUAUGGGGUUCUAAGUUUUAGUUUGUGAGUUUUGUGGCUGUAGAUAGAUGUAAUCAGUGACCAAGUGGUGUGUUGUGCAUGUUUGUACCACAUAUGUGGGAACUAGCUUGUUUUCAGCAUUAUGUGUGCAUCAUGUGUAUAAUGUAUGGUUUUUAAUUAAAGCUUGGUUAACAUCCUCUUUGAUUUAAUUUAUAUUAGUUUGUCUUGAUAUUUUUA